AUGCAUCUGGGUUUCCCCACGAUUCUCCGGCGGGCUCUCGCUGUUCUCCUGCCCGUAUCCUUUGCCUCUCUUUGUUACCUGUACCUGUAUCCUCUAUUCCACGGAUGCGCCUUUCCGCUCUCGACUUCAAACGCCAGUACCGGCAUCUAUCCUCCUUAUACCAGUAAUGCCUUUCUGAAUACCGUCCGCGAUCACAUAGGACUGAAUAACCUUGCUGCGCGCUCCCCCAUAACAGCGCCAUUCCGCCUACUUGUUCUAGCCGACCCACAGCUUGAAGGCGAUACCUCCUUGCCUAGACCCGGUGAAGGAUUCAUACCACAGCUUAAAAAUCACUGGGAAGAUAUAAAGUCUGCAGACACGGGUGUUGCGCUCCUUUCUGCAGCCAGGAAGGGUUUGCAGAGUGUGAUAUGUACGGAUAUCCCUCGAUUGGGGCGUACGAUUCGCAAACAGCUCGAUCUUCUAGGGAAUGAUUACUACUUGGCGCAUAUAUAUAGAACAUUGUCGUGGUGGAGUCGACCUACACAUGUCACUGUUUUAGGAGAUCUCAUCGGGAGCCAAUGGGUGUCGGAUGAGGAAUUUGGGAUCCGUUCAUGGCGAUAUUGGAAUCGGACCUUUCGUGGAGGUGUGAAGGUGCCUGACGAUAUCAUGGCUACUGGAAGGGGUGGGUAUACCCAACAAACGGGCGGUGAAAUUAUUCUUGACAUUGAGCCCGAUAAUUGGUCUAAUCGAAUCAUUAAUAUUGUUGGAAACCAUGAUAUUGGAUAUGCGGGUGAUAUCUCCCAGAAACGUCUAGAUCGAUUCGAUAGAGAAUUCGGCCGCGCAAAUUGGGACGUUAGGUUUAAUUUGCCCCCGGCAGAUUUGAGUCUGGAUGUCAAUGGGACGCAGGACAAGCUGGGAUCAAUCCCUUCUAUACACUUGAUCGUGCUCAACACUCUCACCUUUGACACUCCGGCACUUGACCUUUCAAUCCAGGGCCAUACAUACCAUUAUCUCAAUGAUGUUAUUGAUCGUUCGCACCCGGUGGAGGACCGAACGACAUUUACCUUGCUGUUAACCCACUUGCCGCUCUAUAAACAGGAGGGCGUCUGUACUGACCCACCUUACUUUUCAUUCCAUGAAAAAGACGACGAGAACCCCAACGAUGGUGAGAUGCGGUUCAAAGCUGGUGGUUUGAAAGAGCAAAAUCACCUAAGUGACUACGUUAGUUAUAAUGGUAUCCUACAAGGCAUAUUCGGUAUGUCUGGGGAUUCCAACGCGCCUUACGCCGGGAAAGGGCGCAAUGGCUUAAUCCUCACUGGCCAUGACCACACUGGAUGCGAUGUCAUACAUUAUGUGGAUAAAACGGUAGUCAGUGACGAAGGUAGCGUCGAUUCUGAGGGAGAAAGCAUACCAGCUACUUCCUGGUCAUGGAAUGCAAAGAAAUAUUCAUCAGAACCGGAAUCACUUGUAUCAACUAGCAGUACAUCUAGCUCUGCUACAGAAUCUACACAACCACCAUCUAUUCGAGAGGUUACCUUACGCUCAAUGAUGGGGGAAUUUGGAGGCAAUGCCGGGCUUUUAUCUCUCUGGUUUGAUACUGAUCCCUCUGUUCAGGAAUGGAAGUAUGAAAUCACCACCUGUCAACUAGGCGUCCAACAUAUCUGGUGGGCAGUUCAUAUUGUGGCAUUGGUAACCGUCAUAGUUGCUCUGACCUUAAUAGCUGUGUUGGCUAUUUCUGGACAGCCGUCCGCUGUCGAAGAGCAAAAGAGUUUAAAGUUGGAAGCUCUAAGCAAUCAAAAAUCAAGCUCUUAA